AUGGGCGACUUGGGAAUGACUGAAGCCACUGCAAUCCCCGUUUUUAAUCAGGUCGGCCGUGACAUCGACUGCUCUAAAGCUAGCCAGCCGGCCCCGGCCCGCGGGCCUUUCUUAGCCGAUACCACAAAGCCUCAACGUCGGUUUGUUGGUGCUAUCGAUCAGGGAACAACUAGCACGCGAUUCAUUAUAUUUGACAAUAAAGGCACCCUCGUUGCUUCGUAUCAGACAGAGCUGAGACGCUUGCAUAAAUACCCCGGGUGGCAUGAGCAGGACCCAAGAGAGAUUGUUUCAUCCGUCGAGUCUUGUAUAGCCCAGGCAAAGAAAACAUUUGUGAACCUGGGCCACUCAGUCUCCGAUAUCCAAGCCUUGGGCAUCACCAACCAGCGCGAAACAACAGUCGUAUGGGAUUGGGAGACUGGGGAACCCCUCCAUAGCGCAAUUGCAUGGCCCGAUACCCGCACCACUUCGUUGGUUCGGGAGUUGAAGGCAAAAGAAGGUGCCGACCAGCUUCAAGAAAAAUGUGGUCUGCCUCUAUCCACGUAUCCAUCCUCCGUAAAACUGGCUUGGCUUCUCCGAAAUUCGAAGGAGGUCAAAGAAGCGUAUGACGCGGGCCGACUUGCCUUUGGGACCGUCGAUACUUGGCUGCUGUACAACCUCAACGGCGGCAAGAAGAAGAAUGUCUUCGUUACUGAUAUCACGAAUGCAUCAAGGACCAUGUUUGCCAACCUGCAUACACUUCAAUAUGAUGAUUGGUUGCUCAAAUUCUUCGAUCUCGAUAAGUCCAAAUUGAAACUUCCGAAGAUCGUCCCAUCUUCAGAUGCCUCUGCUUUUGGAUCCUUAGCAGACGGGCCCCUCCAAGGGAUCCGGAUAACCAGCUGCCUUGGUGAUCAAUCGGCUUCGUUGGUGGGCCAUGGUGCAUUGACUCCAGGCAGAGCAAAAAACACCUAUGGAACGGGAUGUUUUCUGCUGUAUAAUGUAGGUGAAACGCCCGUGAUCUCGAAACAUGGGCUCCUGGCAACUGUCGCUUUCCAAUUGAGCGCCGACCAAAAGCCAGUAUAUGCGUUGGAGGGAAGCGUCGCCGUUGCUGGCAGCGGCGUCUCGUUCUUGAUGAACAACCUGGAUUUCUUCCGUGACUCGAGAAAGGUCGACGAGGAAGCAGCCACCGUACCAGAUAAUGGCGGCUGUAUCUUUGUCACCGCCUUCAGUGGCCUCUUCGCGCCGUAUUGGGUUGAUGACGCAAAAGGAACAAUAUUUGGGAUAACACAUCACACUCAGAAAGGCCAUAUAACCCGGGCAACACUUGAAGCCGUUUGUUUCCAAACAAAAGCCAUCCUGGAGGCUAUGGAACGCGACAGUGGCCAGAAGCUUUCUGACUUGGCGGUUGAUGGAGGACUGAGUAACUCGGACAUCUGCAUGCAGUCCCAAGCAAAUAUAAUCCGUAUCCCUGUCGAACGGCCGCCCAUGAGCGAGGUCACCGCAUUAGGCGCAGCCAUUGCAGCAGGGCUUGCCGUUGGCGUGUGGCGUGACCUCGACGAGCUAGAGGGGAUGAAUAAAUCAAACAGGACCGUAUUCGAAGCGCAAAUCACCGAGGCAGAGAGCGCCAGAAUGUACCGCCAGUGGUCGAAAGCCGUCAAGAUGUCUCAGGGGUGGCUUGAGACUGAAGAAAUCAAUGCAAUCUGA